ACAUUGAUUUCUUUAUGUCAUGUUUGGCAAGCGUUGUUGUGAACUGAAGAUGUUUUUAUGUUUAAUUCAAUAAACAAAAAACAAAAGGUGUUCUGUGAUAGUGAAGCAAGACAUGAAAGUUGUUUUAACUCUUAUCCUGCUACUAAACGUAUGGGCGUCGGGCAUGCGUCGCGGACCGCACCAUCCACACGGACAAUCCUCCAAACACAACCACCACCGGCCUAGAGGCGGUCAGUCUCUCACUGGAGAGAGUCAAGUGCUACAUGAUAUGAAACAUAUAGAAGAAGACUCAAACAUGUUAACAUCUGACGCUAUAUCAAGAAUGACACCGGAAGAGCUGGAGUUUCAUUACUUUUCUGCACACGAUUUUGACAGAAACUCAAAAUUAGACGGACUAGAAUUAUUAAAGGCAGUAUAUCAUACGGUAGACUAUGAGGACCACGACGCUGAUUCAGCUUCAAUAGAACCAGAGACAAACGAUUUAGAAGCAUAUAUAGAACUAGUGGACCGAACUCUGGAGGUGGACGACACGGAUGGCGACGGCUAUGUGUCGUAUGCGGAGUACCGCGCGGCACGUGCCCGCAGCACAGACCAUCGAACUCACAGAGUUCUCGCUGAUAAUUAAUUGCACUUGUUUACCGCAAAACUAUUGUAAUAAUAUCAUAAUAAACAUGUGUAAAAUAUCGGUAUCUCUGUUUAAAAGAGAUUGAAAAGUGCAAUAUUAUCUCAAUACAGGAUAUAUGUGUAUGGACUUAACAUUAUUGUGUUUUAUAGUACAUACAAAAGUAUGUCACAAAGAACGGUUAAACAGUGACAUGUCAAAUAUCUGCAGAUUUUAAAUAAAUUUUAGUUGAAUUUAGGGAUUGCUCAAACAGUAAAAGUGAUGUAUACAAAAAAAAUCGAAAG